AUGUCUCAAAUCGAAAAACUUCUUUCUGUAAAAGGAAAACCAAUGAUUCAUCACGAAGGUUACAUCUAUACUGUGGAACGUACAACAUCGACGAAAUUGGUCUUUCGUUGUCAGAAUCGAGAUAGUAAAGCUCGAUGUCAUACCAAUUUAUCUAUGGACAUAUUUCUCUCACAACCAACAGCCCACUAUCAUGCUCCUCAACCUGAUCGUAUGCCUGCUAUUCAAUUAAAAAAUGAAAUUAAAGCUCGUGCCGUAACAACAGAUGAAUCAACCAGCUCCAUUAUUCAUUCUGCUUUGCGUACGUAUCCAUUGAGUGCUGCUGAUGAACUUCCAAAAAAUGAAGCACUUAUGCUAAUAAUUCGACGACAGCGUACUGUUGAAACAGUCGAUGCCGAUGGUUGUUUACCAGAAAAAUUAAGAAAGACGUAUCGCGAUGAAGACUUCAUCUUGCACGAAGACAAAAAUUUAAUUAUCUUUACAACAACAAAAAAAUUUAUCGAUUCUGAAGCAAAAUAAACAUUGGUUCGCUGAUGGAACAUUCAAAGUAAGCUAUCAAUUAAAAGUUUAUAUCUUUUUUUUCUAAUUUUCUUUGACGUAGGUGUGUCCUGAUGAUUAUUAUCAAUUAUUCACGUUACACGCGAUGAUGACUAAUGCAAUUAUCCCUUUCGUCUAUGGAUUAUUAAUUGGUAAAAGUGCUCAAGAUUACAAUUCAUUCUUCGAUAAAGUAUUAGUACAGACAAUUUUCAACCUGAAUCAAUUAUGACUGAUUUCGAAACUGGUACAAUCAAAUCCGUUAGAGAAAUGUUGCCAAACGUUUUACAUAAAGGUAUUUUGUAAUAUUGUCAAAAAACAAGUAAUCAAAAUGUUUGUUAUAGGAUGUUUCUUUCAUUUUUCGCAAGCGAUAUGACGGCAAGUUCAAGGAAAAGGAUUGGUAACAAAAUAUAGAAAAGAUGAGUACUUUCGUUUAAAUGUAAAAAAAUUGAUUGCUCUUGCC